AUGGAGUUCAGUGGGAGUAAGAUCAAGGGACUGUUGCAGAGUGAUGAGCUAACUGAUCAGUAUAUCUUGGAGACUAGUGUGUAUCCACGUGAACCGGCGCCUCUCAAGGAGCUAAGGGAUGCCACUGCCAGCCACCUCUGGGCUGUGUUUGCUACUGCACCAGAUGCGGCUCAGUUACUAGGCAUGUUGUUGAAGCUAGUAGAUGCAAAGAAGACAAUUGAAAUUGGAGUUUUCACAGGAUACUCUCUUCUCCUCACCGCGCUUACAAUUCCUGAGGACGGCAAGAUUGUAGCCAUAUAUAUAGAUCGUGACACAUAUGAUCAAAUAGGGUUGCCAAUCAUAAAAAAAGCUGGUGUUGAGCACAAAAUAGACUUCAUUGAAUCCGAGGCUGUACCAGUUCUUGAUAAGCUAUUAGAACAUCAUGGAAAUGAAGGCAGUUUCGACUUCGCCUACGUGGAUGCUGACAAGGUUAACAACUGGAAUUACCAUGAGAGACUACUGAAGCUGUUGAAGGUGGGUGGCUUAGUUGUCUACGACAACACGCUCUGCAGAGGAACAGUCGUAUUUCCUGAAGAGUUAACUCAUCCAGAGUGGAGGAAACAACGCAGACAGCUAGCCAUUGAGCAUAACAAGUCACUUGCAGCCGAUCCUCGUAUCGAAAUUUCUCAUGCUUCUGCGGGUGAUGGGAUGAUGAUUUGCCGCCGAAUCAUAUAACUUUGGCUUCACUGUUGAGAUCUUAUAUGUAGUAGCCUUGCUUGGUCUAUAAUAAAAUAACACUUGACAUGCUUCCUUUGGUUGUGAGAUCAAAAUUGUAAUCGUGAACAUGUAAUAAAGAACUUCAUUGCUG